UAUGUUUCAUGUCAUGUAGAAUGGCAGCACUGGAUGGACAGAUGAGGCUGACAGUAGCAGAGGAAGAGGCGAGGCCUCCAGAGACUUUGCUAAGCUGUACGAGUUGGACAGUGAUCCCAAAAGGAAAGAAUUUUUAGAUGAUCUUUUUACCUUCAUGCAGAAACGAGGAACUCCCGUCAAUCGUAUUCCCAUCAUGGCCAAGCAGGUUCUGGAUCUGUAUAUGCUGUACAAGCUGGUGACAGAGAAAGGAGGCCUUGUCGAGGUCAUCAACAAGAAGAUCUGGAGAGAAAUCACAAAGGGACUCAACCUGCCUACAUCCAUCACCAGUGCUGCUUUUACCCUGCGUACACAGUACAUGAAAUACUUGUACCCAUACGAGUGCGAGAGGAAAGGUCUGAGCUCCCCAGGCGAGCUGCAGGCCGCCAUCGACAGCAAUCGGCGCGAGGGUCGUCGUCCGAGCUACAGCAGCAGCCUGUUCCGCUUCUCACCCUCUCCCAGCACAGCUCCACACAUCCUCUCACCUCCCAAGAUGCACCUGUCCGGUCUGGGUGGAGGGAGCUCAGUGACCCUCAACGGUCUGCAGGCCUCACCAGGACCCUCUUUGAAGAAAGAUGACCUGACCCCUUCGCUCAUGGCAGCGAGGCCUCCCCUYGCGCUGUCCCUGGGUCAGCAGCAAGUCGCUGGUUUGGCCCGAGCCGCCACACUGGAGCAGCUCAGAGAAAAACUGGAGACUGGGGGCGGAGGAGAGGGUCCGGAGAGGAAAAUGGCCCGCCUGGCAGAGGAGCAGCAGCGCCUCAUGCAGCAGGCUUUCCAGCACAACCUCCUGGCCAUGGCUUCCCAGAUGCCUAUGAACCUGCGUCUGGGAGCCCCAACCACCACCACCAGAGAUGAGAAGCAGCAGGACAUGUCUCUGAGCAUCUCAAACAAUGGGAGUGCCAGCAUCACCGUGUCAGUGGAGGUUAAUGGGACGACCUAUUCAGGAACCCUCUUUGCUCAAAAGUCCUCUGGGGCUCCAGGGCCCGCUGUGACCGCCGCUGCUGUCUCAGCCUCCCCUGCUGGCACCAGCACGAGCUUCUGUUUCUCUGGACCACAGGUUCAGAACCUGAGCCCCGCGGCCUCCAACUCCUCAUCCUCGAAGGCUUCUGGCCCAGCUGAGCCGGCCUCCGUUGCAAUCAGCGGAAGUCGGGGAAGUGGCACCGGUAGAACCUCACGUAUGGAGCACCCAGCUCACAGCAAUAUGCCUCCAGCCCGGGUCGCUCAGGUUCCGUUAACACACUGUAACCUCUUGCUGAACUCAAACUGGUGAAUGACGAGAUGCUGUCGAUCAGCAGAAAAAGAAAUACCUCACAAUAACUGCCCCCCCAGUGAAGAUCACUUUACAAAGCUUGAAAGUACAAACACAUAAUGCAGUUACCCCGCAGGUCCGCACAAGCUGUCGUCAGAGAAUUAGCGCACAACGUUUUGGGUGGGGGAACAGCCGCUCUUAUCCGCCAACAACAAGCCCCAGUACACUCGAGCUCAUGUCUCCAGCCACGCAGAGGCAGAGAGGUGAUGCUGAGGCAUUCCUAAACCCAGCUACAGAAUCCAACCCAAAUCUGUUCUUUGCAUCCUCUGCAGCCACAGAGCUGAAUGUCACGUGGGAUGGCGUCCUCAUCACUUCAUAGUUCUCAAACCUCACACUAGCCCCUCUGCAGUUGGGGAGGGGAGGGGGGGGGGCAUCUCUCUCAGGAAGCAAAGUGACAAGUGCAAGGAAUCACUGUUAAUUUAAACAAGAGUUCAUAUGUGAAGAAUGCACAAGACUACAUUUAUAGAAUACCUCAUCGGACUCUCUGAAAGGGGGAGCUACACUACAUACCUCGCUGAGAAGCCAUUAAGACUUGACGCCACAAAUCCUGCCUGAACUGAAUCUGACAUGGAUGAGCUGACACACUG